GCCCAGAGUGCAGAAAUGUCCAACAGCAGCUCCUUCAGGCACUUCCUCCUGCUGGCAUUGGCAGACACGCGGCAGCUGCAGCUCCUGCACUUCUGCCUCUUCCUGGGCAUCUCCCUGGCUGCCCUCCUGGCCAACGGCCUCAUCAUCAGCGCCGUAGCCUGCGGCCACCACCUGCACACCCCCAUGUUCUUCUUCCUGCUCAACCUGGCCCUCACUGACCUGGGCUCCAUCUGCACCACUGUCCCCAAAGCCAUGCACAAUUCCCUCUGGCACACCAACAACAUCUCCUACUCUGCAUGUGCUGCUCAGGUGUUUUCUCUUAUGCUAUUUCUUGCAGCGGAGUAUUUCCUCCUGACCAUCAUGUGCUACGACCGCUACGUGUCCAUCUGCAAACCCCUGCACUAUGGGACCCUCCUGGGCAGCAGAGCUUGUGCCCACAUGGCAGCAGCUGCCUGGGCCAGUGCCUUUCUCAAUGCUCUGCUGCACACAGCCAAUACAUUUUCCCUGCCCCUGUGCCAUGGCAAUGCCCUGGGCCAGUUCUUCUGUGAAAUCCCACAGAUCCUCAAACUCUCCUGCUCACACUCCUACCUCAGGGAACUUGGGCUCAUUGCAGUUAGUGCCUGUUUAGGAUUUGGUUGUUUUGUGUUCAUUGUUUUCUCCUAUGUGCAAAUCUUCAGGGCUGUGCUGAGGAUCCCCUCUGAGCAGGGAAGGCACAAAGCCUUUUCCACCUGCCUCCCUCACCUGGCUGUGGUCUCUCUGUUUAUUAGCACUGCAGUGUUUACCUACCUGAAGCCUGCCUCCAUCUCCUCCCCAUCCCUGGAUCUGUCCCUGUCAGUUCUGUACUCGGUGGUGCCUCCAGCCCUGAACCCCCUCAUCUACAGCCUGAGGAACCAGGAGCUCAAGGCUGCAUUGAGAAAAUUGAUGAGUCGGUAUUUUCAGAAGCAUUAA